AUGCGCAACCAAGUUCUCUUUGUGGCCUUUGCCACCCUGGCCUCAGCUAUCACCCUCCCGACACUUUUGGAGAGGCAAGCUACUUGUCCUGCCAACUAUGAACAAUGUGGAAACAGUCUUCCCAGCAGCUUUUGCUGUCCCAAAGGCAAGGUCUGUCUCCAACUUGCAGCCAAGACAUCAACCCUCUGUUGUGACAGCCUGGACGGCUGCGAGAUCAUCGCGCCAAUCCUCUGCGACGCUCGGCUGCAGCAGGACCCUCGGUCAAGUGUCAAGACGACUGCGGUGGACAGCGAGCUGCCAAAGUGUGGCAAGGACUGUUGCCCGUUUGGAUACUCUUGCAACAGCGACUCGGAGUGCGUCAAGGACUCUGAUCAAAGCAAAGCACCUCCAUCGCGGGCUCCCACCAGCAUUUCAAUUCCAUCAUCUACCUCAUCGAGCCCUUCGCUGCCGAGCAGCACAUCUUCUGACUCGACGCAGACAGCGACGGCUACGGCAAGGCCCGUCACCAGUGGAGUACCUAGCAGCGGGAGUGACAAUGUUUCCAAGUUAUCCAUCAUUGGGGGUGUCGUGGGUGGUAUCAUCCUUCUGAUUUUGCUGGGUCUAGGGGUUUGCUUCUGCCUGCGUCGUAAGAAGAAGACAGAAGAGACAUUGCCCAUCUCAGGGCGCUCAACCUCAGCAGGCGUAUACCCUCAUGCGAUCAGUCACCCUAUCAUGUCCGAGAACUCAACGAUGCGGUCUGAUUUCAGCCGCAAGGACAGCACGCCGCCCAUGCACCGCCCAUCCGGCCAGUUCGAGGAUAUAGACCUCAACGACUCCCGCCGGCCGGUGUCGUACAACUCUGAUAGAAACCCGUUCAGUGACCGACCCGUCAGUGCCAGCACAAACAGGCCACAAGUGGCCCCCCUACGAGGUAUGCGCAGUAGCAACGGCUCCAGUAUUGGGAGCGGACGCUUUCCAGUCCGACAGGGUGGCUACGGAGGAAUGGGCGACGGUGGUUCACGUAACCUCGACCACAAUCGUCAACCCAGCACCGAGAGCAUCAACGUCUUUGCCGACCCUAGGACCGUGAGCGAGAAUGGAUCGGAAGCUGGUUCUGGGCCUCGUAGCCGACGGUCAUUUGACCAUAGGCGCAUAUCUAAUCAGACAACAUUCACGACCAUGAUGCGUCAAGCCGAGUUGGCUCCAGACCAACCUUUUGUCCCUCCCACUGCUUACUCUACGCCGGACCAUAGGAAGUAG